GAGCGGCUGCGGGGAGGGCCGGCGGAGGCACGGCUGCCGGGACUAUGGUGACUCCACUCUCGGCACUGAGCCAGCAAGCAGCGACCCUUGGCCAACCGGUGUCCGGCACCACAGCCAAGUGAUUGUUAGGCGCCAACUUUGCCGGAGCCCCGGUGUGAGUGACUUGAGUGAGUGAGUGUCGGGGGCGAAGCGGUUCCUGUCAAUGAUGGCCAAGCGAGCUCGGAGUGAAGAUGAUGACGAUGAACAUCUGUUCCAAGAUCGUGAUUAUGACAUCCCUCGACAGAGAGGUACAAAGAAGCUCUGUAACAAAGUUAAAUGGAUACCUGACGAGGAUGAGAAGUUAAAGAAGCUGGUAGAAGAACAUGGUACAGAAGAUUGGAAUUUCAUUGCUAGUCAUUUUCUUAACCGAACAGAUGUUCAAUGCCAGCAUCGGUGGCAAAAAGUCUUGAAUCCAGAGUUAAUAAAAGGACCAUGGACAAAGGAGGAAGAUCAAAAGGUAAUUGAGUUGGUACAGAAAUAUGGUCCAAAACGAUGGUCAUUGAUUGCCAAAUACCUAAAAGGCAGGAUUGGAAAACAGUGUCGGGAAAGGUGGCACAAUCAUUUAAAUCCUGAAGUAAAGAAAUCUUCCUGGACAGAAGAAGAGGACAAAAUAAUAUAUGAAGCACAUAAGCGUCUUGGAAAUCGUUGGGCAGAGAUCGCAAAGUUACUUCCUGGAAGAACAGAUAAUUCAAUCAAGAACCACUGGAAUUCCACAAUGAGAAGAAAGGUUGAGCAAGAAGGAUAUCUGCAAGAGGCAUCCAAAUGUGACUUGCUUCCAAGUAUGCAGCAACAGAAAGUACCAGCUAGGAGUCCUCUGAACCCAGUGCAGUUCCAGAAUCAGUUUUUCAUUCCCGUGUCUACUCAAGGUCUAAGACAUCCAUAUUUGUCUUCAGAAGAACCUUGCAUAGAUAAUUCCACAACAGGAUUAACUCAACAACCACAUACUGAUGACGAUCCUGAUAAAGAGAAAAGAAUAAAGGAACUUGAACUACUCCUAAUGUCAGCAGAGAAUGAAGUCAGAAGGAAACGAGUAGGAGCUUCUCAAGACACUGCUGACUUCAUCUGGUCAAGAAGUCUUUUUGGUGAUGAAAGUUUAUCCAGUACCUUGAGUAGCUUGGAAGAUAAGGCAAGUGAAAUUUGUACAAAGGAGUCUCUUCAGGGAGCAAGCACACCAGUACACCAGGCUUCUCUCAACCGUUUCCUUUCACAGGAGGAGAGUUCAGUCCUUGGCACAUUGCAGUCAAUUCCUGAUUUUAGUAAGACAUUUGAACUCAUUGAAACUGAUUCUGUAGUGUGGAAUGAACUAACUAACUUCGAACUCUCUGAAGUUAAUGAAAAAACACCUGCUAAACAGACUCCAGCUAAAUUUGAACGUUUGCAACAUAAAGGUGGAAUAGGUUAUCGCUUUGAUGGCCAUGCCAUUUCAGAUCUGAGCAGAAGUACCUGCAGUAAUAGUAGUGGGCAGGGUGAGCUCAUUCCUAUAACAUCCCCUGUUGUUGCUAAAUUCAGCACACCACCAACCAUUUUAAGGAGGAAAAGAAGAUUGCGUCUUGGUCCAUCUCCAUCCAGUGACUGCAACAGUCUUUCCUUCAUGGAUAACAGCACUACAAGUCCAAAAAGUACUCCAGUUAAAGUACUGCCAUUUUCACCAUCUCAGUUUUUUAAUAUCUGCUCUGGCAAUGAUCACCUGAACAUUGAUAAUGCUGCACUUACUUCGACUCCAGUCUGUGGGCAGAAAGUUCUAGUUACAACUCCAUUGCGGAAAGACCAAACGCCUAGAGUUCAAAAAGAAAAUGUGGGUUUCAGGACCCCCACAAUAAGACGAACAGUUUUAGACAGCACUCCAAGGACACCUACCCCUUUCAAGAAUGCACUUGCUGCCCAAGAAAAGAAAUAUGGGCCUCUUAGAAUGGUUCCUCAAUCACUUGCACAUUUAGAAGAGGAUAUUCGAGAGGUCUUGAAGAAGGAGACUGGGGCUGACAUAUUACUUGGAGAAGGAAUGGAUCCAAUUUUCAAAAUCUGCGAGCAAGAGCGCACAGCUCCUCUCAAGAAAGUACGAAAAUCUCUUGUUUUAGAUACUUGGAACAAGGAUGACUUUGGUACUCAAAAAAUCACACAGACCUCUGUUUCAGAUAUGCAGUCUGAAAACCUGUUGAACACUUCAUUACUAAGAACACUUUUACCAGAAAAAUCAGACCUCACCACAAGUACUUGGAGCAGGAAUGUUAUCUUAUCUGAAAUAAAGCAGCAAAAUACUUCAAAAACUGUGCGAUUUGAGAUCCCUUUGCAGAUGACCAGUGAAUGGGAAGCAGUUGCUUGUGGAAAGACGGAGGAUCAGCUAAUAAUGACUGAACAAGCUCGAAGGUAUCUUAAUGCCUAUAAUGGCAGCAACACUAGCAGGGCUCUGAUCCUGUAACUGGCCAUGAAUAUACACUAGGAGCUGAUGAAUAUACACUAAAACUGCGAGCUGAUAAUUUCUGUCAUAAACUUAGCUCCUAACCUACCUAGAUGUGAUUUUUUUUCUGGAGGGUUGAAUCUCUUUAAUAUUCUGACAUGUAAUAGACAAAUCUAACCAAAACUAAAAGCUGCUUUUGCUAAGUGUAAUAUGUGCUAAUAAGAUGGCCUUUAUUUAAAAUAUAAGAAACACAUGGAUGGAGAGGUGGAAACAAGUACUGUCUGAGUUGCACUCUUUUGUCUUUGAUAUGCUGUAAAAAGAACAGACUAAAUGCUAUCGAUGGAUAUAAUGCCAUAUAAUGGGUAAUUGUCACAUAGUUAUAUUUUUACAACUGAUCCAAAUUGUUAACCAAACACUGACAAAUUAGGAUUGGUUGCUUGGAAUCAAGCAUGAAAAUUUAAAGCAGCUAAUACCAGAUAUUUGGCAAUUGACAAAACCAAGAUAAUUUCCUGUUGUAUGGUAUGCUUUAUUGUGAACAUAUGUCAAUAUGAUCAAAUAAGUGUGUGAAGCAUAAAACCAAGUGUUUUUAUAAUGUAAGUAGACAGGAUGAAGAUUUUUUUUAUUUCACAAUGUUGAAAUACCAGUAUUUAACACAAAUCUCUGAAAUGUGAGAUGGUGUUUUGAAUGUAUUGUAGAAGCAGGGAAAAGUUGUAAAUUGAGAGGAAAGGGUACAUUUUCUUUAAAUUAUUUUCAGCUCUAAUGCUUAAUAGUAUUUAUGUGUGAGGAUCGAGAACCUAAUUCCUGUUAAUUCCUGUUGAUCAGAAAUGAUUAUAGUUGGUCACACAUUACAAAAUAUGCACAUCUGUUUUAACAGAUGAAUUUUCUACAUAUUCGGAAACAUUAUCAGAAAACUUUAACUUGUAACCAUUAAAGUCUACUAGUAAUUGGGAGCAGGAGUGUGUGUUCACUUUCAAUCAUUUCCAUAUUCCCUGAUUUAUGAGCAGAAGGGAGAAACAUUUCCUGAUCUCCUUUCGCAUAGAAUAACACUCCUGCUUUGAACUGCUCUUUGUGCUGCUACUUUCCUUAUCACCAUACCUUCUAACAGAAAAGUAGAUAAAGAAACUGAGAACUGCACACACACUUGUAGCCUAAGCUGUCUACAGUAACCUAAGCUAUCUGUAAAUACAGAUGAAUUAAUCCAAUUCCUCUUCCAAAUCUAGUUACAAUCACAAAUCUAUAAUACUUUGCACUUAAAUGUUUAACCAAUAAUGGAUAUGCAUGUGUUUGCCUUAAGUUGUAAAUUGAUUAAACAAUAUGUUAGU